AUGAAAGUUAAUUGCCAACUACCAAAUAUUGAAGAGAAUAUAUUAGAAUUGGAUAUUGAUAAUAAUAAUUCAAUUAGUGAUAUAAAGUCAAAAAUUUAUAACCUUCAUGGAAUUCCAAUUGAACACCAAAUUAUUGAAAUAGAUAGUAAAAAAUUACCAACAAGAUUCGAUAAAAAGAAACUAUCAAAUUUCAAAAUAACAGAUUCCCCAAACAUUAGAGUCCUCUAUGACCUUAAUGGUGGUUGUGGCGCUGGUUGUGAUUGCUGUGGUUUAGGUGGAGGUUGUCAUUGUACAAUUUUAUAA